GAAACAAAUUCAACCAAAGUAUUCAUCCAUAUAAAUAAUAUUUGGAGUGUGAGCAAUGCAACACCAAUGGAUAUUAAAGGGUGUUCAAUUCGCCGUGCGAUUAACUAUUCUGUUAGGGUAUAUCUGUUUAGCCAGGAACAAUUACGGAACCGUAUCAGUGGUAGGGCCAGCGUUUGUGAACAGAGAGGUUACACUGAAAGCAACACCGUUCUACCCUUGGGAGUGUGAAGUAGAAUGGAAAUUCCGAAUAGAAGGCAGCACACAAUUUCAAACAAUGAAAGGGGUACAUGUUAAAAUAUAUUAUGAGGACGGUUCAUUCUCUUUGAAAUGGAACGCGUCUGUUGAAUACAACAGAUCUGAGAUCUACGCCAGAUGUUCAACAAAUGCAACAAUAAGAUCAAGCUUAAUAUUUUUAAAUAUGAAAGAAAUUGUUGGACAAUGUGGAGCCCUCGUGAUUCUAAACCCGGUUGUACGCGGCGCGGACGUAAAGCUUGGAUUUUUUCCGUCUGACUAUUCUCUACGGCAUAAACCAUGCACUAGACGAACAUGGAAGAAAAAUGUUCAUGAAAUAUGGUUUCGAGAAGGUUCUUACGAAGAGAAAAUGAUCUCUGAAUAUUUACUGAAAAUGGAACAGAACCUGUACAAGUGGCACUUUUACUGGGACAGGAUUUAUUUGUUCUUGCUAAAAGCGAAAAGAACAAUGGGUCUUACGUAUUCAGUAAGGUUCAUCAACAAAUGGCUGGACUGUUGA